GGGCGCCGCCGCGGACACAAGUCCGCGCCCGCGCUCGCCCCGCCGAUCAGCGCGGCCUCGCGCUGGGGGGCAGACCCCAGUGAGCCUCGCAACACCGUUGCGCGCGAGGGCGGGCCCGAGGUAUCGGAGUUCCAGCAGGCAAUGAGGACGUCGCCAUCGGAGGGGCAUCGCCGCCUUGAGCGCGGGCUGAGCUUCGCGGCGCCCAAUGACAGACCCGACACCCGCGCAGAGGCGAUUGCUGCCGCUGUGGCGCAUGGUGAACGCAUGAAGGAGGUUGAUCGCCAGAUUGCAGAGGAUGAAGCGGCCCUGAUGGCCGAGGUGCUGCCAGAUGACCGCGAGGUGCUGCCAGAUGACCGCGACUGGCAGCAUCUGGCAGCAGAUGAGGAGGAUCCAGGUGGCAAGUCCGAGCCCGCGGUGGAGACUCUCGUCGGGGUCGUCGCGUCGGAGAGCGCUUCCGAUACGGACGCCGCCCAGGGCAUCUCCGACGGGCAGCAGAUCGUCUCCGCGGCGGGGGGCAGCUCCGACGGGCAGCAGAGCGCCCAUGAGGCCGUUGCCCUGUCGCCGACCAGCGCCCCCCCACUUGCGCACCAUGGCGAGGCCAAAGAGCCGUGCGGCUUCAACGCCAUCAAUGCCGAACGUGGAGGCAGCCACCGACGCGCGAAACAGCUGCAGGUUGCGUCUCCGCCACCCGAGUCGAAAGAGGAGGUGGUGAUGCCCCCCGUGGACGUCGUGCGCGACACCUCGCUCCGCCCAUCGUGGUCGCCAGAUUCCGUCGACUCGGGCGCGCCGACGCUUCGCCUGGCGAGCUACGACAACAUGGAGGACAGCCCACCACAGGACGAGCCGCCCCUGAGCGACGACCUGCUGCUGCAGCUCGCGGCCUGGAUGAAGGACGGCGGUGCUGGGGACUGA